UAUACACCGCAACAGGUAUACCAUCGCCACUAUGCCUGCUAUAUCAUAUAUUAUUAUUAUUAUUACUAUUGUUGUUAUUAUUUUACCUACUCCUGAUGCUCAGCAGUGGCGACUGUAGCACUCGGCAGUCACAUACGUACGCCAGACUCCAGCGCACCGCGUAGGUACGUAACCGUCUCUUUAUAGUUUAUACCAAAUACCAAUACCGACCAUGCCGGACCACGAUGGUCAUCGCGAGUCUCUUGCGUAGUUGCGUAGACGUUGGUUGUACCGGGUAAUACGCGUCGAUCAGUGUAGUGCCUACUUACGCCGUGCGAUCAUCAUUUUAAUUGUAUUAACCAAAUAACAAAAUUACACUUGCUGUUUACACUCAUUAUAAUUGUGUUUCUUACCGACGGUGCGUGUUGUGUCGGAGUGAUCGCCACGAUAUAUCCUAUAUAUUUAUACCUAUACUUAAAUAACGACAAGCCGUUAUCGCGAUUAUCUCGUUUCAAAAAGUGUAUCCCUAAUCGACCGGCUGUAUAUCAUAAUAUUAUUACAGUAUUUUGUAUUGUACAUUUUUUGUAUAAUAUUCGUAAAUAUGUGAUUCUGUGGUGUACCUAAUGCAAUAAACUAUGCGAUCCGCUGUCCUUUCGUCGACCUCCGGAUUUUUGACGCCGACGCCGCCAAACCGACGUGUGUGCACCACGUAUUUGAAUUCUUAUCCAACAGGUAGAUAAUGCCAAAACCUUGGAAUGGUGGAUCUGAACCCGGUUAAGGAACCGAUGCUAGAAGAUGGUCGGACGGCCCUGCACUACGCCGCUUCGACGGGCGACAGUGGCUCGGUCGCCGAACUAUUGGCCACCGGGACCGUGGACGCCAACGCCCAGGAUGCGGUCGGUUAUUCGGCCGUACAAAUCGCUGCGGCCGAAGGUCACCUGGACGUGCUGCGACUGCUGUUGCGACACGACGCCAACGUCAACCUGCACGACAACCUGCAUGGCAAUACGGCCCUGCACGAGGCCAGCUGGAAAGGUUACAGCAAAACAGUGGCGUUGCUUGCAUCUUCCGGCAGCGACUUGGACCGCAAGAAUUAUGGCGGAUCGUCUGCAUUGCAUUUGUGCUGCCAGAACGGACACAACCAAAGCUGCCGGGAACUCCUACUCGCCGGAUGUGAUCCGGAUGUCCAAAACAACUAUGGUGAUACACCACUUCACACAAGUGCCCGGUAUGGACACGCCGGAGUACUGAGAAUAUUAAUAAGUGCUCAGUGUAAAGUUUCUGAACAAAAUAAAAAUGGUGAUACAGUACUACAUAUUGCCGCAGCUAUGGCCAGGAAGAAAUUAACCAAAAUAAUUUUGCAAGCUAAAUGCAAUAUUGCAUUAAAAAAUAAGCAAAAUGAAACUGCCAGAGAUAUAGCAGAACGUAAAAAUUUGACUGAUAUUUUAGAAAUUUUAAAGAAUCCCACGUACAAAAAGAAAGGCAGCAGUUCAAAAACAAAAAAAGAUUCAAAAGAUAGUAAAAAACGAACCGAUACAAAUGUUAAAAAACAAUGGUCUCCCUACGGUUGCCAUUAUUUUCCGGAUACCAAGGAGUUUCCGAAACCUAAGUUGAACUCGUUGCCUGAAGAACCGUUACAUGCAGGUGAACAAUAUUAUCUUGACUUGGCUGGAAACAUUAGAAAAGGACCAGUAGGCGUAGGGUAUACAUGUUAUUGUGCACCCUUUUUCAAGGAAUUAGAAGCUCGGCUAGACCACAAUACGAAAAAACUAAAAAGGCAAAUUUGUCGUACUGAAGAUAAUAUUAAUCGGAGAUUGUGUUCCGUUGAGAAACAGCUGAAGCGAUCGAAUGAAAAACUUCAACAGGUGGCUGAAGAAGUGAGCGACAACGACAGCGAGUUGGAGAACCGGUUUCGAACAGAAUGUGCUAUUGAUACCACGGUCAUGGACCCAAACUUACGAUGGCGAUUGGACUAUCUGACAGCUCGACGUCACGAUGAUAUACCAUGUAAUGAUUCUGGAUAUAGCACCAAAAUGUUUAGUAACUCCCAAGGGCCAUCACCUUCAUUGUCCAAUUUAAUGGAAAAUGGCACGGUACCUAUUAUAGAAAGCAGUAAAAUGCCAAAAUCAUUAAGUGUAUUACCUGACAAUAGCAACAUGGAAAGUAUUGUAUGAUCAAAACGUGCCAAAGUUAUCUAAAACAUUUUAUUUUUCAAUAAAAAUUAAUUAUAAGGGUUACAAUUUAUCAUAAGAUUUUUUUACAUUUUUAUAUCUUAAAUAGUUAUACAGUGCAAUAUACAUUAUAUUUUGUUAAUUUAUUAAUUUAUUUCAUGUUAAUAAAAUUAUUCAAUAACUA